UCCUAAAUCACUACUGCGACUGACUGCUAAGCUUCAUAUAUGGUUCUCGCAAUACCGUCGGGGAACGAAGGUAUCUGUAUAAGGGCAUAUCAAGAUAUUACGAUACUACUUCUAUUUUGAGUGAACAACAAAAACAAAGAGUAUGGAUUCUAUUACGAAUAACUGAAAACAAAAGAUGACCCGCAGAAAACAGUUUCUACUUGCAGUUCCUGUAAGGUCGAUUCCAAAUUGAAAGUGGAUCGGUAACCUCAGCAUGAUAUGAGGUGUGAAACGGGGAUGAAUAAAAACUGCAUCUGUAGGGCCAAAGAACUAAUUCCAACAACAGUAAAAACUUCUUGGAGUUUCUCAGCUGAUAUUGUAAACAUAUGUCGAGGGCUAUAUCACGUGAUACAGAUGUAGCGCAUGCGCUAAUAUCUAUCUGUCAGCCAUAUUGCUUUGUGGUUCUCUUGGAUCCAGUGGUCGAAGGUGCUAAGGUAUUUCCUUGAAAUAUAUUUAAUUAAAAGCCACGUCUUACUCCCUUGUCUUAUUUCUAAACUAAUUAAUAAAGUGCGCUCAUAGUGUGAGGAAUUGCCAUCUUAAAGUGCAGUGGUUUGCGUAGUGAGCCUUUGCACCACCGACCAGAUUGGUUUUCUUCCGUGGCUACUUCUUGCUGCGAUUUGCGAUUCUUGUGGGUAAAAGACAAUUAAAAGUAGAGUGUUAUCGUACGCAGAGUGUACUUUUAGUGUUUAUAGCUUGUGUUGUCUGGUGUCGUGAACUGUGUUACGUGGAAAUUUCGGAGAAAAUGACGGAUUCUCUUAAAUUUGGUCCAGAGUGGUUGCGCAACCUGUCUCAGGAUGGGUGUGCCCAAUCCAGUAUAUCUACUCCUCGGUAUCAGUUAGCUGAACAUCGUUAUGGCCGAGAAGAAAUGCUAGCAUUGUUUGACCGUUUGGUGAAGGCUCCUGAUACAUUAGUUGGUGUACCAGCUUUGUACGUGGAGAAGACCCAGACACCUCUGGCAUUAUUGCAGAUGACAGAGGAAGAAACACGUACAUGGAAUCGAGGGAUAAACAGCGAUGCAGUGCUCAGAAUAGCUCUGAAAACGCCUGCAAGCGGAAUCCCAGGUGGCAAUAGAGGGGGCAGAGGUGGAAGUGUUGAUAGAGGAAGAGGUCGAGGACGUGGAGGCUAUCAUUACACUCGAGGCCUUAGUUACGAAGAACCUGGAGAGGCUGGAGACAUGAGAAGUGGGCGAGGAGGACCUGAUCGAGGUGAAAGUAGUGGAAGCUCUGCAGCGGUUAGUUUCCCUCGAUCAAUACGUUCGUUUGAUAGAACACAGAGUUCUACUGCAGAGAGAAGUUGGGGUGAGAGGAACGGGGUGGAUCCAGGGGACUGGAAUGGGUCUACCAGUCCCCGUAAAGAUUUCAGUGGAAGAGGGUUUAUGGCCGAAAACUGGCGACGUCAUCGAGGGGGUGGUGAAGAUGAUGAAGGGUGGAGGACAGCAAGCAGUAAUCGAACUGAGAAGUGGGGUCGCCCGAACAGCUGGCGAGAUGGAGAAAAGGAAGGAGCAGAUGAUCGUGGCGGGAGGAGUUGGGACAGGAAUCGGGGUUGGAAUGAAAAUGCUCCAACAACGCACACUGCUCAUCGCAGACCUUGGGAUGAGGAUCAUUUACCUGAAUGGGCGAUGGAGAACCCUAGUGAAAGCGGUGGAAGUUUUGAUGCUUCUGGCGCUUUCCAUGGUGGAGGAGGGUUUUCAGAUGAUGAGGAUGGUGGCCCAAUGGGUCGAGGUCAUCGGGAGCCACGGACCAGGUUAUUGUCAGAGGGCAACUCCAGCAAGAAGGGUCAGUCCCAGCCCAGCCGGCGGGUGGGGGGACUGAGCCAUGAUGCCGGCCCUCCUGGUCAAGAUGAUCACCCCAGGAGAGAGGAAGGCCCUGGGGUGGAGCAGAUCGACUCCGCUCAUCAACAUCAACAACAUCAGCAUCACUCCACUCAUCAGCAAAUAUCUAAUGAGAAUGUGUCUGGCCCUUCGUUCAAAAACUUGCCUUCAUCUGAAUCGAAAAAAAACAAAAUUGUUGAUGUUUCAAUGCUGCCUUCUUCGAAGAGUGAAUCGAGUGAUAAAGUGAACUCCGUACCUACACAACCUCCUGUAAAUGCAGAAAAUAUGAGUGAAACAACUUCGUCGGUUAAAACAACUGGUAAUGGGAAGCACAGUGCAACAAACAAUGCUGAUGCCCAACAAACUAGAAAGCCCUCUCCUGAUGUUACCUUGAUAGUGCCUGAUAAUACUGCCACUUGUGUUAGUGAUAAUGUUGAUCAUAGGUUUCCCAGCACCCAAGAGCCUGUUAACAACAUGCAGCUUCAUCAGCCAUCGAGUAAACCAGUGGGUCGACAGAAGUCAGAAGAUGACAUGGAACGUAUGCAAGAGGUGGCUGACGACUUGGUCGCCAAGUUAAUAUAUGACGAAGAAGGGCAAGACAAGACUACAUCACGCAUUCCCAGUAUGGGAACCUCUUCGGUGCGGCAGGCUUCUGACAAGUGGUUCUAUCGAGAUCCUCAAGGAGAAGUUCAAGGACCAUUCUCAGCAGCAGAAAUGGCAGAAUGGUUCAGAUCUGGCUACUUCACUCUCUCGUUACUGGUGAGGCGAGGCUGUGAUGAGUGUUACUCACAGUUAGGGGACCUCAUUAAAAAGUGGGGUCGUGUACCAUUCUUACCAGGUCCCACCAUGCCUCCACUAAAGAGUGCUAUUGAAGAUCAUAGAGAAUUAUUACCACUGCCAUCUGUUAAUGACAUCUUGAACUAUUACCAGAUUCGUGAGGGAAUAGUCAGCAGGCCUCAGGGAAGUGGUGUGGCUCACGGGACAUUGCAGACACCCAUGUCUUUGAAUUGGGGUACAUUGCCAACUACAGAUCCUGUAGCGACAACAACUCCUACACUUGUCCAACCCACUCCUUCACAAGGUAUCCCUGGUGGUUUACCUCAAGACAGUUUGCUGUUGCACCAGUACCAGUAUAUGCUGCAGCGUCAACUGCAACUCAGGCAAGCUGCAACAGUUCAGGCUGUUGUUGGAAAACUCUCUCAAUCUGAACAGUGGAAUACCUUGACACCAUUGGAGCAGCAGCAACUCAUUAUGCAACAAAUGGCACAACAGCCGAUGGAUGCUUCCUUGGGACCAUUUGCAACACAAAAAAAUCCUGUGUUUCAAUUGCUCUCACAGAUGCAACAGCAAGCGAAAGUGCCUGCACCUCCACCCUUGGUACCUGAAUCCAGCAAAAUCCCCUCUGGUCCAGUUCCUAAUCCCCCUCUGGACCCUCUGCAGCAGCUUAUACGAGACAUGGGAGGCUUACAGCAACCUGUGGCACCAUCGGCUCCUCUCGGAAUGGGGCCUGUGCCCAACGCUGCCACUCCUAUGAACAUGCCCAACAUGAUGCACACUGCGCCUCCACCCCCACCCACCGACAAAGUUGACGAUCCCAUACAAAGUCUUCUGCGACAACUGGGUGGAAAAGUUGUGAAGCCACAAGUCGAUUCUGUGUGGGGAGGCACAAUUGCACCUACGUUCAAUGCUCAGAGUUGGCUGCAGCAGAUGGCACCAGUGCCUGCGGCUCCCCCUGGCCAACUCCCCACUUCCCUUUGGGAUUUGCAUGGAAAAGACAUGAAGACUGAACAGCAAAUUCUUGAAGAACAGAUGAGGGCGGAAGAAGAAAGGAGAAGAGAAGAACAGCGAAAACAAGAGGAAGCUGAAAAACAACGCAAGCAAUUAGAAGAAGAACUGCAAAAGAGAGAAGCUGAAAAGAAAAGGUUAGAGGAACAAAUGGCUCGAAUGGAGGAAGAACACAAAAGACAAGAAGAAGAGAGGAAGAAACGACAAGCAGAGGAGGAACGGAAGAAGAAGGAAGCAGAGGAGGAACGCAAGCGUCAAGAAGAAAGGAAAAAGAAAGAAGCUGAAGAGGAGAGAAGGAGACAGGAGGAAGCUAAGCGUCGAGAGGAAGAACAGAGGAAGAAGGAAGAAGCUGCAAGGAAGCGAGAAGAAGAAAAGAAACGUAAGGAAGAAGAGAAGGAGAGGAAGAGGAAAUUAGAAGAAGAAAGAAAAAGAGAAGAGGAAGAACGGAAAAGGCAAGAAGAAGAGGCUGCUCGCAAAAAGGCAGAGGAGGAGGAACAGACAAGGCGACAGGAACAACAGCGACGACAAGCUGAGGCCCUGCGCCGCCUGCAGGAGAGGCAGCAGCAGCAACGGGCAAAAGCUGCGCCUUGGAGCCAGCAGGCUAGUGUCCAGCCUUCAGUUGGUGGUAGCCUGGUAGAAAUUCAACGCCAGGAGAAGGAGAAAAAGGAGGCAAGACAAAUUUUUAAGGAAGCCCGUGAGAGGGAGCAACAGCAGGCCUUGCUUCUGCUGCAGCAGCAACAGCAGCAGCAGCUCCAACAGCAGCAGACUGCAGCCGAAGCUGCCAGAGGUGGCAGUCUGCAGUUGAAAUGGGCUGAGAAGAAACCUGCCCCUGCCAGCAAAGUGAAGUCGCUGAGCGAAAUUCAGGCGGAAGAACAAGAGCAGUUGGCGAAGCAGAUGGAACGUGAACGAGUUGAACGGGCCCAGCAGCAAAAAGAAACACCUCUUCCUACCUCUGUCAACAUCUGGGGCACUGCGACUCAGAGCCUCACUUGGGCUUCUGCUGCUACUGCCAACACCAACUCUACUUCAGCGUGGGGAGGAGCUAGCACUGGGAAUAGCACCUAUUGGGAAGAAGUGUCUCCCCCAGCAGUCCAAAAGCCUACAGUCAAAAAUGUUCCCAAGGCUAAAGUUCCCACACCUGUUGCUCCAGUUGGCAAAGGCAGCAAUAAAACUCGCUCGAAGAAAGAUGAAGCUUUAGUAAUGAAACUAUUUGAACAGAAGUCACAACGUGGUGAUGAGUUCGAUCAGUGGUGUACAAAAGCUCUCGAUAAUCUGCAAGCCACUGUGGACAUUCCCACAUUUGUUGGGUUUCUUCGUGAUAUCGAGUCGCCAUAUGAUGUGAAGGACUAUGUCAAGCUCUACCUGGGUGAUGAGAAGGAGGCUCAAGAGUUUGCUCGACAGUUUCUGGAGAGACGGUCUAAGCUUCGCAGUGCCCAGCGUGCUGUGCCUCAGGAGGAUGACAUGUGUGUACCUGCUCCAGCGGUGAACCCUCUGAGCACAGACUUCCAAGAAGUUAAGGGCAAAGGAAAGAAGGCAAAGAAGAGUAAAAUGUUUAAAGUUGAUAAUCGCAUUCUGGGCUUCAAUGUGACCGCAGCCCAGGAUCGUAUUAAUGUUGGAGAUCGUGACUAUGGUGAGGGAAUGUGAGCACCAGAUGUAGGAAGCGGUUGGAAACUGGAAUUCUUUGUUAAGGUCAUAUCACCAGUCAUGGAGCCCCAGCAUACCAAACCUUUCAUGGCACCACCCAGUGGUCUUGGGGAAAUUGGUAUUUUUGGCAUUUGUUGUUGUGUAUACAAAAGACUGUCAUGUGGAGUUCCAGAUUAAUUGUUGACUGCAUAUUGGAUUAAUUUAUUUUCCUUGUCUAUGCCGAAAAAGAAACACUGGAAAUGUAUAAGGUUUUAGGCCAUUUAUACAUAACCUUUAAAUGGAAUUGAACAAUCAUUAACCAUUUAAUAAGAGUAUGGAAUAAAUCACAGUAUCAGACUCAAAAAGUGCUGUCGAAGUCAUUUUGAAUGACAGGCAGGCAUUGGGUAACGAGAGGGCCACUGAAGUGAUAUGCAGUAUUAAAGGCGUUGUUAUUGUCCUUGCCUCAAGGGGGCACUGACAAAUUUGCUACUGGCUUUGGGUGAUUGUGAAUUUUUUUAAAAGAUUAGGCUGUUGAAUUAAUUUUGUAUUAUGUGUAUAGCUUUUGUUGCAGACCAGAUCUGUUACACAUGCUGUUUGUAAUGAGUUUUACCUUGAUGUGAAGUUUGGAUUAAUGGUUGUCGUAAGUGGUUGGCUGCAUCUCCGUAAUGAACAGUAUUUUGACUGUCCAUACUUGAAAGACACCUCUUGUACAUUACUAUUUUCCAGUACUAUACAGUUUGAAUGUCAUAGUGACUUCUGAUAGAUCAUGAAAUGGAUGAUACUGGUGCUAUUUAAAACAAUGUACUUUAAAAAAUGAAUAUACUCAUCCAAAGUUGUACAUUCUUGUCAUAUACAAAUAAAAACCAUUGUGAAGACUUAA